CGUUAUCGUUCGACUCGCAGGUCAUAUCGAACAAGAGAAUCAAUCAUCGCUUUAGUCGACUACAACCAGCCGCUUCCGACUGAAAAUAUGAUGGGACUCUCUGCGCUCAACCUCACCACCUAUGUGAUGGUUAUGAUGGCGUUUCUACUGACUGAUAGAGUUACAGUGGGCUUUGUUCCAACCAUCSCUCUUCACAAACACACGGAAGCCAAAAGAAUGGAUUUGAAUUCUGCGAUAGACGAGAAAACAUCUAUUUCUACUGACAACAGKGGAUCGGAUGACUCGUUUGAAAUAAAAGAACGAUCUUUCUUGUCGGAUGAAGAUGGAGUUCCGCCGCCGCUUCAUGAGUCGUCCUACACACAGGUAUUGAGCACGAUGUCGCUAUCACUCAUCGCGAACAGACUUCGUGAUGCGUAUGACUACCACUUUCAAGAUCCACGGCAACCAAACGGAGAUAGAUUUGCAUGGGACCCUUGGUUUGUUUUGGCCGGUGAUGGGAGACGUACGCAAAUAAAUGAAGAGGAAGACGAAAAUGAUUUGCUAGCAGAGCAACAAACUACAAUCGAAGGAGAAGAAAACGCUUUGUCGAACCAGAUACAGUACUCACUGAAACGAAUUCAGACAAGCCURUUUUUUUCAGAAGAUGAUUAUAACGAUCUCGUUGACGAGUUGGUCUCUCUCGCAAAUUCGAUCGGAUUGACGGCCAUCUCGCCACCAUGGACGUCCAUGUACACAGACGGCGAUACGCAAAACUUCCACACAGAUGCCGCGCACGGCCCUAUGGCUUUUGUUUUGUCUCUUUCCAAGAACGGCGAUUUUCGGGGAGGAGAAACGGUGAUAAUGAAACCARAAAUACUGGACCUCUGGAGAGAUUUUUCAACCGGGAAGGCCAUGGAGUGUGGGAAUAUUAUUCGUUACAUUCCACCAACACCCCUGGGGCGUUGCAUUGCCUUUGAUCCCCGUGUUCCCCACGGGGUCAAUCGUGUGAUCGGGAGCAACGAUCCGCGAAAUGCGCGUGUGGUCGUUCACGGUUGGUUCAACGAACCCGAAACCUGUUGGUUUGGAUCGUGGGGAGACGAGGACCAGAGGAUGGAGGCAGCAACCUACCUGGACGAAGCCCUCCAACCUUUGGUAGCAACCAUUGGGAGUGGAGAAAUUGGUCGCGUGGUUGGAUACCUCGCUGUGCGCGUGGAAAUCGACGAAGACGGAUGCGUCGACCACGUCUACGCCACUUGCGAUACGAUCCAGGCAGACAUGGAAGAUUUCCGGGGGGUUAUUGGAUACGACGAGGCAGAUCGACCCGUGAUGGAAGAUGCUGUCGGAGACAUUCGACUCAAUGUGUACGAGGCUCUAAAGAAUUUGCAGUUCGAGGAUGGAGCUGUUGGUCGUGCGCUGGUGGUCCCGUUUGUCUUCGAGUAGGCAAUCAAAAUAUUGUUUGACACGGCAGCACAGCUGGUCUUGCUGCACACUGCACACUGCACACUGCACACUGCACACUACACACAGCAUUCUUUCUUUGUUGCAUCAUCGAGGGCGAAGAGUAUAUAAAAUAAUUUCGGAUAA